GACAUUUUGCAACGUGCUAUUCAAAAUAAGGUGUAUAAUGAAUAAAUUUGUCGACGCCGUUCUAAACUAUGACGAUUUCAAGAUAUACAUUAAUUCUCUAUACAUUUGUACUUAUUUUUGAUUGCUUGUUGUCACUAAAACUACUAGAAUUACGAGUACCAAGUCACGUAAAGCUUGGAUCUCAACCUGAAUUGACUUGUCAUUGGGAGCUGGGCCCGCAAGAUGUACUUUAUUCCAUCAAAUGGUAUAAAGACGGUCAAGAAUUCUUUCGACAUGUGCCGCGCGAUCCUGAACCACAUAGGAAGUAUUAUUUACCAGGAGUUGAAGUUAAUAAAUCAGAUGAGUUGGCGUCACACAUAACACUUUAUCCCGCCACACUGGACACAGCAGGUCGUUAUAGAUGUGAGGUGUCUGGAGAGAAGCCGCUUUUUCCAACAGUCUCUGAACACGCCAAUAUGAUCGUCGUGGUUUUACCAGAAGACGGCCCUGUGAUAUCAGGGUUCAGUCCAUACUAUAGGAUAGGUGAUCAGCUCAGAGUGAAUUGUACAUCGGGUCGAUCGCGACCGGCGGUACGACUGACUUGGUAUGUCAAUGGUGAACCAGCGUCGUUCACCGCUAUGACCUCACCAACUGUAUACAGAGAUUCUGAGGGCAACGAAAUCACAAAUCUGUUUCUAUCUUUUCAACUCAAUGAACAACAUUUUGUUAACGGAGUAAUUAAAAUCAAGUGUCUUGCUACCUUGGCUUCAGUAUAUUGGAAAAGCAACGAAGAAAUUGCUCGUGAAUUGAAAAGUGUGACUCAAAUGAGGGUUGAAGAAAGUUCUUACAAUGCAAUGAAGACUAUCGAAUUAGAACUUAGUAAUAGUAGUCAUUCUCGAUUUAGAUUACAGGAUAUGAUCUUGACCUUGCUUAUUUGUGUAAUGUUAGUAAAUAAUGAAUAA